ACUGCGCAUACCUCCUAGAACCCCACGACCUACCGGACCCAGAGACUAUAAAGGUUUAACCACCAGCUUUAUACACGCUCACCAUAACCUAGCUCACUCACCAAGGCUACAACUAGCUGCCUAUGCCCUUGGAGAGACCACAAAAAAUCACCUCAUAGAGAACGCUUGCAGUUUAGCAAGUCUGAUCAGCUAAAUACCCUUAGCUACCUCAAGCACUGCCCAGAGGUGCUCACCCCUUACAUGGAAACCCACGAGAGUUUCAUGCUACAUCCACCAUCGCAGCCGCCGCCGCUCCUUCCGGCAGCUGGCGCAGAAAGUCGCCCCGACACAUCUAGCCGCGCUGCAAAGCGCAUGGGCUACAUCAGGCCCAAGCCCGAGGCCGAAUAUCUGCUGUCGGAGUCGGAAGCGAGCUCUGAACAAAAGUUUGUGCAAUCGGAGUCGAGGGCAAAGUACCAACAUACCGAGCCGAAGGCGAAAUACGACACGGCUGUCCCUAUGCGAUCCGAGCAAGCUCCCCUUAUGGCCUCUGACACUAUGCCUAUUCAGAUGCUUAGAUCAGAUUCUAUGCCCAUCCCUGCCAUGUCUAUCCCCUCCAUGCCUACCCCUUCCCCUGUUUCCGUUAGAUCCGAUUCCACUGCCAAAUCUGCCAAACCUCUCCCCAAGGCUCCUGAGUCUGUGACCCCCGUCAAACCUACUUUCUACAUUAACCCUGCCCCCAAAUCUGCGGCUGCGGCUGCGGCAACACUUGGAGCUGCGGCUGCUGCGGUGACACCUACGCCCGGGGCGACGGCAGCGCGCCGCUCCCGCUCCAACACCUUUCACACUCAACUCGACUCCAUCCUCGACACCAGCAACAACAAUGUCGAUGUCGAACACAAAUCUGGGGCGUACUUCCGCCGCCUCCUGAUUCUCCCCGAAACGACGCCCGCGGCUACGCAGUUCCGCCUCGUGGACGUUUCCCGCAAGAUCCUCUUUGCCUUCCUGGAGCUCCACUCGUCGCUCCGUCGCUUCACCGGUUUCUGUGUCGACAAGAAGCUCACGAUGCGGAUGGUAGCAAUGUUGUACCUGACCAAGACUGAGGUUGACCACUUGGUGGAGUGUCUCGAGUCGCUCGAAGAUGGGCGUGUGGACAGUGCGGUGACGGACCGCAUCUUGCGCGCGACCGUCUCGGCGAUCCAGGCGUUUCGCAGCGUGAUCGGGGUCCUCCAGACGGGACUUGCGGCGUUUGUCGAGGCGACGGACGCGUGCUUUAUUCGGAUGUUUAUUCUCACAGUAUACGGCUCGUAUGCGGAAAUUUGCAAUGCAUAUAGAUUGUUAAACCCAGCAGCGGGAGGCGGGGCCACAGGCCAGGCAAGAGUGGUUCCGGCUCCCGCCACCACCUCGGACGCCGACACCCGCCUCUACGAAUCCCUCGCUCAUGCCACUGCCUCCGCCCAGACCGUCUUUACCCAGCUCACCGAAUCCAUUGGAAAAUCUGCUAUCGCAUCCGCAACCGCACCUGAUGCGCACCAGAUCAACAGCGUGGCUGCCGCGAAGAUACGCGAGCUUACCAAUGCAUCGGUUACAGCGAUAAGCAUCACCAAAAAGGUCUCCACGCGCCUCGAGACCAUCCGCGAGACGAGUGGCCCCGAAAAACGACGCGUCUGGGAGGAUAUUAACUUGUUCCUUAAGGCCGUGAUCAACAUUCUCGCCACGUCUCGCUCUGCCUUCCAUGACCUCCCAGUGUUGAAUGACAUUCGUCCUAGUAUGGCUGCCUUGACCAAGGCGACAAAGGACGUGACGUUGGCGCUUGAGGUGUCGUCGUACAAGUCGGGGGCAACGAAUCCGCCGCCGCUCUUGACGGUGCCGUCCGUCGUGAACAUGUUUAGCCCGAAUACAAGCAUCGGGCCCAGCACACCGACGACGCCAAUGAUUGCGGCGUUGGGUCCUGCAGCGCUGGCCGUGUUACCAGCACAGAGCCCGGGGGUAUACCCAAAUCCGUUUGAGGGAUUGAAGAUUAACAGUAGCCAGUAAUGGCGAGAUCUAGUAAUUAGUAAGGAAAAUUAUGAGCAUAUGAAUAUAUUAGAAGCAUAUCAUUUAUCGCGUACACAAUUGGCCGUAUUGUGUAAUAUAAUGAUGAGUGUGAUUAUGCAUGGUUAAUUAUACCUGGG